AAAGGCUGUGCCCCAGAGGGCGGUGGGCAUGGAACGGGAUGCACAGGGCUGUGGGCGCGGCCCCCAGUGCUGGGAGCAUAUGCACUCUCAUUCCUGGUUUGAUAUUUGGUUGGUGGUGUGUGGAACUGGGAGUUGGACUUGAUGAUCCUUAUGGGUAUAUUCUAGCUUGAGAUACUCUGUGAUGUUGUUUGUUGGGUAUUGUAGGGGUCCUUACAUUUUGUAUUACUGCUAAAGCUGCUUUAUUUAUGUGUAUAUAAAUGCAUAUUAUGUAUACACACACACAUAUACAAACUUCACUUUGUCAUAUUAGCUACAGUUGCUGCUGCAGCAAAUGUGGGAGUGUUUGAGAUGCAGUUCAGUUCAUGGAGGGGUGUGAUUCUCCUCCUGUUAUUGAGCACACACCAGAAGUGAACAAUCUGCAGGGCCUGUGGUAGCGAGGUGCUGGUGGCACCAUUAUGUCCCAAACAGAGAGUGGUGCAGCCCAAGCUGUAUUUCAUAACGUCGUGUAGUGCUGCGAGAGCCAAAUGACACCUCUGCAAUAGCAGCGCAUGUGGAAGCUUGCAAUAAAGCAGAUGAAUAUUUGGACGUGAGGCCGGCUCAUUUUUAGCGUGUGAAAUUUACAAUUCCGUGGCUGUGAUUCCUCUCUCUCGCAGCAGCUGGUUGUUUCAGCGGCGCUUGUUGCAAGGUUGUAGGCUAACAAAUGCGAAGUCUCACGGGAGGUUGUUUUACCACAGCUCAGUGCUGUACGAAAUGUAAAACAACGUAUUGUUCUUCUAAGCAGGGGAGUCCAGGAGCAAGAAGAAAGCUGAGAAUGGAGUGCCUUCCUUGGCUUGUUUGCUGCCAGAUGUUAUCCAAGUGUUUUAUUCUGCCCAUUACGGCUCUCCAUCAGAUAAUUAAAUGCUAAAGGAUGCACGUUUGUUGGCUGAUUCUUCACUAAGGCUGUUUCGUAUCAUAGCUUUGUAACACCACAGUCGCAAAUAGAGCUGGAAAUAGGGUAAAAAACAGACAGUCUGGAAAUAUCAGUCUUUUUCAUAGUGGCGCUUUACUGUUUGUUUAUCAAGAUAAUAAAUGGGGAUAACUUUGUUUCUUUCCUUCAUCUAGUUUCUUAUCAUCUGUAUGUGAGCAUGGGUCGUUGUUCUUAAUAUAGUAACUACUCCAGGCUGUAAUCUCCUUUUUCUUCCUAUAUACAUGUGUAAAAAGGAAUAUUUAGUAUUAAAGAGGGAGGCUAUUUCAGUGCUUACACACUAAAAAGAGAUAAUCAUACCCUUAGCUGGCUACUGAGACAAAAAGGGUGUCUGUGAUUCACUGUGAAUAUGAUGACUUUUUGCUGAGAAUGAGGGAUACAUUUUUCUCUGUACCACUCAACUUUAAUUUAUAUUGUAUUUGGGAGCCCUUUGAAUUCCAUGCAUUUUAUUUUGGGUACGGAGGGAAUACGGAAAUCUGGCUGUACUUCAUAUCCUGCUUAGGUUUUUUGAAGCAAACAGAACAACGGAAAAGGGUAUUACUAUACUUAGCUCUGAAAAAAGUAAACUCCGAGUCUCUUAUAUUCAAAAGAAGCAGGUUUAUAAGACGUAAAUUGGAGUUUCAUACGUAUUUAACGUGCUUAGGGAAUGGAGAAAUGAAUAUGUUGUGUGAUUUCAUAGAGUCAUUGAGGUAGGAAAAGAUCUCUAGGUUCACCCAGUCCAACCGCAAACCCAUCCCACCAUGCCCACUGCCCACGUCCCUCAGUGCCACAUCCACACGGCUCUUGAACACCUCCAGGGAUGGUGACUGCACCACCUCCCUGGGCAGCCUGUGCCACUGCAGCACUGCUCUGAGAAUUUUUUUCCUAAUAUCCAGCCCCUCUGGUACCACUUGAGGCCUAUUCUCUAUUACUGUUACCUGGGAUAAUAAGCCGACCCCCACCUUGCUACAGCCUUUUUUCAGGUGGUUGUAGGGAGCAAUAAGGUCUCCUCUCAGCUUCCUGCUCUCUGGAAUGAAGAACUUUAUAACUAAAGAACCACCAGAUCUGUCUAUGAUCACAUAGUUCAUGUGUUCUGGCCCACUUGGGUGUCUGUGGGUCAUGACACCAGCAGUGGCAGCAGAUCUAUCCUGUGCGUUGUUUUUUCUUUUGUUUUCAGUAGAUUAUUUCUUAGUCAUUCUGAAAUUUGCCAUUAUGAGUAUGUUUACUCCGGAAAGUUUAGGUUAAAAUGAAUCAGCAUUUUGAAAAAGACAUUAGGAGAAAGUAAACAUGUUAAUGAAAACAGGAGGGAAAGUGCUUUUUUGGCUUAUCUAAGAGCAACUCAGCACUUGGGUUCUAGAGCUUAGAAUAGCAGAGGAGGGGGAAAGGGAACAUAUGCAUUGACAUAGCACAUAUGGCUGCACCUAGAGGAACUUUCAGCCAAUGACAAGCUCUUGGAAAACUGGAUGAAGUACAUAACUUGGCAAAUGUUGAUUAAAUUGCUUUAAUAUUCCAUGUAUCUUGAGUAUCACCCUGUGUGUUGGUGGCUGUGCGUCACCUGACUGUGCAGUCAUCAUCUGGACUAAGCAGUUAAGCAUGAUGCCUCCUGCAGCGUUAGGCAAUGGGUAAGUUUAAUCCUAUGUAGCCUUUCUCAUUUGUGCUUCUUCUUCAACCCCAGAGUGUAGCGGUAAUGAUGGAGUAGUGAAGGCUGGUCUUUGGGGAGGGUGGGAAGCAGAGGCUGGAGCCUGGAGGGAAUGAAAUAAGUCCAGGAGCCUGAAGAAAUUACAAGUAGUCAUAACUGGAGGGAAUGAGAAGUCAGUUGGGUGAGGAAGAAAAGUGAAUGAGGAAUAAGUAUGGUAGGUGGCUGGGGAGCCCAACGGGUGUGGAUGGGAGAGCCAGGUUGCUCAUGUUCAACCAGAUGUUGGAGUUAAAAAAGAGAAGUUGGUGGAAAACUUGCUGGUCAGAUUGUUUGGCAGAUACAGGACUGGGAUUUCAUGUUGCUUUAGUUUAUUCAGCUGGCACAAGUCGGUGUUUCAUUGAAGGGCUCCAAAAUCUAUUGAAAACCAUUAUUUACACGCAGUGGUGAGGUGCUGACACAGGCUGCCCAGAGGGGCUGUGGAUGCCCCAUCCCUGGAGGUGUUUCAAGGCCAGGUAGGAUGGGGCCCUGGGCAAAAUACUACUUGUCCUAGCGGCUGGCAACACUGCCUGUGGCAGGGAGGUUGGAAAUUGAUGAUCCUUGAGGUCCCUUCCAACCCAAGCUGAGGACAUAAAGAUAAAACUAUUGAUACUGGAACAUUCUAAUCUUAAGCAUUUUAAGUGUUCAAAAUGUGUUCAAAGUGUUCAAAUAGAGGGAUUUUUGCUUACAUAUUCAACAUCUCAAGUCCAUUUUAAUGGCAGUUGUUAGUUUAAUAAAACUCAUCAUCUUCAAUCGUAUGUCAGUAUCAUUAUGGUUUGUCUGUCAUGGAAUCAUUAGAAACAUUUAAGAGUUUUGUGAUAAGAACAUUAGAAAACAUCCGUGCCUAUGAAAUGACUUCCUACAUAAAUGUCUUGCUAUUACUGUAAAUAUUUAAUAGAAAUAAAGAUGUAGUAAGAUUGGUGCUUAUUUUGUGUCUUCUUUAUGAAAAUAUCUAUAAACACAAAACACGAUUAAUUUCAGUCACUGGGUGCUGAUAGAAAUCACAACUAAAAGAGCUUGCCAAUGCUUUUUGUUUAGGUGAAAGGAGAUGCUGCAGUGAGCAUCUCCAGAAGUAAGAGCCAUGACAAGCUUGUGGGGUUAUCCCACAGGCUGCAGUGGCAGAGACACAGAGCUGGGUAUAGCGCAUGGGCAAAGAUGGUGUUUGUCCACUCAGGGAGGUGGGGAGGGUGGGCUUCUGCUUUAUUAAUAAAAUUGUGUUUGAAAAAGUGGUUAAGUAUCAUUAGGUAGGAGAGUUGUACCAGAAUCAGUUCUGGCUGUGUAACUGCUGACUCAAACCCUCUGGUCUUCAAGGGUUCUUCAUUAGUCUUUCUAAUGCAGUACUCUUAAUGCUAUAGCAGCAAGUCAGAUGCUGCGCUAUCAAUUUGAUAGUAGGAAGUCUAAAAUACUACGAUGGCAGCUUGAAGGGGAAAAAUAAUUCUUUGCCAUCCUGUGAUAAGUAGACAGGUGUGAGGAGUUCAUGUGGUAGGAUACACAAGCAAGGACCAUGGAACUCCUUCAGUUUGCAGUGUUAAGAAGAAAAAGUAGCAAAAGAGUCAUCCUUUACAGUGUGGACAAUUGGGAAUGAAUGAGAGUGGUGGGAAAUAUUUUUGCUUCCUUGUGCUCUAAUCCCUUAGGAGUCUCGGAGCAAUUAGGGAAAGAAGCUUUCCUUUCCCUCACAUUUUGUUUUCCUUUUAUCAGGAUUUCUUUCUAGUCCCCAUAAUUCUUUCCUACUACUUUAUGGAGCUAAUAAAGCAGCAUCAAAUUACAGUGUGUAAUGGGUAGGAAAAAACUGAGAUGCUGCAGGAAGUUUCUUGGAUUGGAAAACCUUUUAACAGUUGGAAGUAUGAGGUUUUUGUGCCUGUGAGGAUUACCUUCUGCAAUGCCAAGAGCUACCUGCAGCCAGGAUACCCAGCAUGCUGAGGUGGCAUCAUUUUAUGACUAGAUUGGAAUAGAAUUCUUUCCCAUUGUUAAGAAGCACAAUGGUAAAUAGGCAGUACAGCCAUGAACAUGAGCCAAGAUGAUGCAUGAAUCCACAGAAACAUGCUGGUGCAAACCCAGAAGGUGCAGGCAAAAUGAAGGAGCUGGAGUUCUGGACAAGACCCAUCUGCUUUCAUUGUUGUGCAUUGAGAAAUGUAUAUUGCCUUAUGCAUCCUUAAUAUCUACUUAGUAAGUAAUAGUGUGUGCUUGUAAAGUGGCACCGUGUUUUAUAUAUGUAGUAUUUUUUCAUAUUUAGUACCUGAAAAUAGGAGAAUUUCCAGAAUCCCUUUAAAAUACAGAAAGCAGUGUGCUCAAUGAGUGUGAACUGCUAAAGGGGCACACAUCUUUUCAUGAGAUGCUCUGUUGUUCACAAUAGUGGAAGUUGGAAGAUAAAACCUGUGAUACAAAUACAUUGUGUGCCUUCUUAUCAAAUGGAAUGAUAUGAAGAAAAGGAUGCUGUGGAGAAUUAAUGGAACAACGAAGCAGUACAUAUAGCAUUGAAGAUGUCUUGCUGAAUAAAGCCCAUAUCAUAGGGUUGGAGGAGACCACUGAGAUCGUCUAGUCCAAAUAUUGGCCCAUCACCAUCAGUAUUUACAUCCAAGGUUCAACAUGCAAAAAAUGGUAGGUUGAAGCCUCAAUUUCUGAAAAACACAUCACCCUUAGCAAUGGAUUUUAAUGUCAUUUUAAUUUUCAGUUUCUUAAAGUGAACGGUGCACUCUUCUUUACGUUUCUUCUCAUCUUCAUCCAGAUUAAUAUAUAAAUAACUUUAUUACAUCACCAAACAAUAAAGGGAAAAAAGUGACACAAAGUAAAUCUCAUUUUACUGCAGCAGAAAAUUGGUUUUGUGGCUUUUUUUAGGGCUCUUCUCCCAAAGAAAUCGACAGCGUAGCUGUUGUGUAAUAAUCGUUGAGCUGUAUUUGUGUAUUGUAACUCCCCGAGGCAGGUAUUAUACUCCUGAACAGGAACAUAAUCUCUCUGAAAGUAUAAUAUUUCUAAAUAACGACUGUACUUUGUAAGUACAGAAGAUGGAGGAAAUGAAAGUCACCUCUCUGCUGAGUAAGGACUGCAUUCUCAUGGAGUGCACUUGUAAUAAACUUGGGUGCAUCAACUUCACAUUGAUUUGUUUGUCUUAAUUUUACUUAAUGUCUCUUAGUAGGCAGGUCGAUGGAGAUAAAUAACCACUGCAGCAAAGGUAGAAUGAACCCCUGCUGGCAUGUUGUCAUAUCUACUCUGUGUUUUACUUUGUUAUUUUGGUUUGAAUCUGCAAUAAUGUAAAUGUGUCUUGCCCUUAAUGUAUGUUAAUAUCUGUAGAUCUUAAUGUACAGACAGGUCUUUGCUUCUUAUUGGCUGGCAUUCAAAGUGAAAGUGGCUGAAGACAGGGCUCGUUUGUGCUUGAAUGAACAAGGUUGUAUUUUACUUCAUAAUAAAUACCUAAGUCUUUAAGUGGCAAAGCAAGUGGCAGUUUGUUCUGGUUUCAUAGUUAACUGUCUUCUUUGUGUUGACAACAUGAUUUUAAAGCUUGUCUGCAAGAAGAGUAAAAGGGAAAAAACAAAUGGACAACAGUAAUUCAAAGUGUGGGCUCCACAGUGCCUUGUCUCCAUCCUUUAACAGGUUUCUGUCGUGCACCUGGUACAUCGGUGGGACUCACUCUGCUGGAAUGAGAUAAUGGUGUCCUCAACCCACUGAAGGAGAAGGAGUAUUUGUUUGUAUUGAUGAUGAUUUGAUGCAAUUAACAUUUUCUUAACCAUGAUGGCAACACAGACAUUAAGUAUAGACAACUAUCAAGAUGGACAACCGAUGCAAGUAGUAACAGAGUUAAAAACUGAACAAGAUCCAAACUGCUCUGAAACUGAUGCAGAAGGGGUGAGUCCUGCCCCUGUAGAAUCUCAAACUCCAAUGGAUGCAGACAAGCAGGCCAUUUACAGGCACCCUCUAUUUCCCUUAUUAGCACUAUUAUUUGAGAAAUGUGAACAAUCUACGCAAGGAUCGGAAGGCACAACUUCUGCAAGCUUUGAUGUAGAUAUUGAAAAUUUUGUAAGGAAGCAGGAAAAAGAAGGAAAACCCUUUUUCUGUGAAGAUCCAGAAACUGAUAAUCUGAUGGUAAAAGCAAUCCAAGUUCUACGUAUCCAUCUGCUUGAGCUAGAAAAGGUUAAUGAACUUUGCAAGGACUUCUGUAGUCGCUACAUUGCCUGCCUGAAGACGAAAAUGAACAGUGAAACUCUAUUAAGUGGAGAACCUGGAAGUCCUUAUUCACCUGUGCAAUCUCAGCAAAUGCCAAGUGCCAUUGCAGGCACGCUCAGUCCCCAAGGGAUUGUGGUGCCAGCAUCAGCAUUGCAGCAGGGAAAUGUAACUAUGGCAACAGUAGCAGGAGGGACAGUAUAUCAGCCUGUUACUGUGGUCACUCCACAAGGUCAAGUGGUGACGCAAACAUUGUCACCUGGGACUAUUCGGAUCCAGAAUUCUCAGCUUCAGUUGCAAUUAAACCAAGAUCUAGGCAUCUUGCAUCAAGAUGAUGGCUCAUCAAAAAAUAAAAGAGGAGUUCUUCCCAAGCACGCCACAAAUGUGAUGAGAUCUUGGCUAUUUCAGCACAUAGGGCAUCCAUAUCCAACAGAGGAUGAGAAGAAACAGAUUGCAGCACAAACGAAUCUUACACUACUCCAGGUUAACAAUUGGUUUAUCAAUGCUAGAAGACGAAUUCUUCAGCCAAUGCUGGAUUCCAGUUGUUCUGAAACUCCAAAAACAAAGAAGAAAACAGCUCAGAACAGACCGGUUCAGAGGUUCUGGCCCGACUCCAUUGCAUCAGGAGUUGCUCAGCAGCAAUCUAAUGAGCUCACGAUGUCAGAUGGUGCUGUUGUAACAAUUACAGCUCCAGUAAACAUGAAUGUAGACAGUCUCCAGUCCUUGUCAUCCGAUGGUGCUACGUUGGCCGUUCAGCAAGUUAUGAUGGCGGGGCAAAGUGAGGAUGAGUCUGUAGACAGCAGUGAAGACGAUGGAGGAGAUCUGUCAACGACAAACAUCAGUGGGCUGGUUUUGGAUAACAGCGAUUCUCUGCAGUAGGAAGCAUGAGAGUGUGACGCAACGUUUAGGAAAAAGAAUGGACUGACUGACUGUUUUUAUAGUUUGCACAGCAAACAUUUUACACAAGUUUUAUUUCUAAUAUGUUUUAUAUGUAGAUAUAGAAGGGUGCACUUUUUUGUAUUUCAUAGUAAGCUUAAAGAGUGUUUUUGCAGGUGCAGCAACUUCUUUCAAAUGUGGUUUGUUUGUUUUUGUUUUGUUUUUUUCCAUUUCAUUUUCUUAUUUCAGAAAAUUUAUCUAGUAAUAUAAAGAACCUCGUAAGCACCCCUUUAUUCUCUGAAUUGGAAGUGCUGCCGUUUCUAAAGAAUUAUGCAGUUUCAAUUAGCGCUGUUAUUUAACACAGCUCUUUGGUGGGCAGACAAUGUACAUUUAAAGCAUGUGAGGGACUUGAUCAUUAAGUUCGAGGCGUAUAUUUGAAAGAUGCUUCUGCACCUUAAAAACUGCUAGUCUGAGGUGGACAGCAACACACAUAAAAAGAAAAAUGUUACGUGUGAUUCGGUAGCGAAUGUAUGGCAACUUGAAGAAGUUUAGUUUCUCUCAUAGUCCAUGAGCCUGUUUAUCAUUUGCUAAAAGAAAAAAAAAAAAAAAACUCCUAUUUUUACCUUACUUGGGAUUAUUGGAUAAAAAUAUUUUUAUAAAUUCAUUAGGAAUUGGGAUGACGACUGUAUUGUGCAGGAGUUUUCAAAAAGAAAAAAGAGAAAAAAUUUCCAGAGGGGAAAAAAUAAAUGUUUAGUAUUCCUAUUUGGAAGGUCUGACAAGUGGCCAAAUUUAAUAAACAAGCCUACGCUAGCACUCUGUGAUUCUCGGCUAUCCCACAGUGAUAGAGGAAACGUAUAUUUGAUAAUAGCAGAAGAAGGGCCUGCUGUUUGAUGGGGUUUUGAUAUUGUCAAACGUUGAUUUAUAUUAUGUGUAAUAUUCCAAUUACAUUAACUCUGCAUCUAGACUCGUAUCUGAAGAUAUUUGCUAAGUGAAUAUUCAGGUAAGUAAAUUCAAAUACCCACCGCGUUUCCAGUUAUUGGAGGAAUUUAAGAGUUCACAGUUUGUAGACCUGAUUCUGAAAAGUUAAAAGUUGUGUACUGUACCAUUAUGAAUUUGCUAUCACUCCAUUGCAUUGAAAAUAUGUCCACCCCCCUACUACAAAAAGAAGUUAUUUAUGGGUUUCUAUAAAAUUCCUUCAAAUCUGAAGGUCACUACUGGGGUACACAGCAGGCUUUAUUAGAGUAAAAGAUCCUCGUAUGUCAUUUAAAAAUGAAGAACUGGUGAUGAAAAUAUGUUUUGUGGUAACAAUUAAUUUUAUCCUGUCCCCACUCUCUCCCCUACAAAGUUUGGAGUCUCUGUUUAUCCAUGAACACUUACUUUUGGAACUUUGCAUUUCAAAUAACAGACUCCAAGAGUCACAGUAUGAUCGAUGUUCUCUUUUUGGCCCAAUCCCUUUGUCCCUAUGAUGGGUUAGAUCAAAGCCAGAAAUCUCCUCUCAUUAAGAGCAAAUCUAGUUGCGUUUCUAAUGUGACAAGGAAAAGGAUGUUAGCUUGCAGAAUCUUCAAACAUCAUGUUUGAGCAGAACGCGCUGCCAAUAUUUGAGUACUUAAUUUCUGCUUUCCAAAAUACUCAGGCAUGUGCUUUAAGUCCCAUUGAUUUCUGUGGGAUUAAAGCAUGUAAUUUUUUUUUUUAUGCUUAAAAUGCUUGGAAGUAGGUCUUUAAAGACUGCAUUACAAGGCAAGUUUAAACUGGUAUGAAGAAAAAAAUCAGAAAGAAAUGCCAGGAUCAGUGGUACAUGUACAGUAAUACCAGUUUUAAGUGAUUGGUAGCUGUUUUGAACAACUGAUGUUGGGACUUACUCAACAGUAGUGAUGUUUCUGCAAUAGCUUUCAUUUAUUACUGGCUGAGGAUUUAGCUUCUGAGUUCAGCUCCUGUCAUGAUCUGCUGCAGCUGGAGUGAUAUCUUCUAAACAGUUUUGGUUUGCUUAAGUUCUCUGCUUUGCUGCUUGUGCACCGCAUUUGUUAAUGGGUGCAGCAAAUGGCUGACGUAAGAUAACAUGACUGUCCCAAAACCUAUUGUCAAAACCAUUUUGAACCCCAAAAUAUUUUAAAAGGCUGCUAUCAUGUACAAAUCAUGCUCCUCUGGAAACGUUCAACUUUAAAGGAUGCCAGAGUUAACUAGAACUGAGAGACACGUUCUGUUGUUCUUAGUUGUCUUUGUUUUAACUCCAUAAGCGCUUCCCUUUAUGUAACAGGCCAUGCCUCCAGUUUCUGUGAGGGGAUUAUUCAGCUACCCUUAUUCGUAUUUAAUAAUGUCUCUAAUUUCUGUACUUGUAGCACGUAGGCAGACAAAUAAUGACUUGUCAGUGCAUACAGAGCCACGGUAAAAUCUGUUCUUCCAAAUUGGCCUAGAAGGAAAUUUGUGCUAGAAGAACAAACCAUUUCUCACCAUCUCCUUCCCCUCCGUGACAAAUUGUUGCUCCCCCAGGUCUACCAGCAGAGCUUUGCCUGUCGGCUUCUCAAGGCAGGCAAGGAAACAGCACAGCAGUGGAGCUGGGAGGGCAGUGAUUAGGCAGCAGUGAGAGGAAAAGGGUGAACUAAAGCAGGACUAAGCUGUAAGACUAUUAAAAUGAUUUAGUAUCUGUACAGCUGGCUGAAAUAUGUACAGUUUAUUUGCCAUUUUGAACCCAGUUGAAAAUAGGCAUCGGGCCUUGCAAAAGCUUCUUUAUUCAGAAAGAAAACGUUACUAGUUUGGCUUCUCCACUCCUCUAACACACCUCAGUCUUUGCAGGUUUUCUCCCAAGAAUACUGUGACCUUCUCUUUGUAUAAACAGCCGGCAAGUGAAACUGACAGAUGCCCCUAUGAAAGGGAGAACAUGAAAUAGUUCUGUUGUCAAAUUAGAAACAGAAACAGUUACUUAUUAGAACAAAAAAGGUUAACCCGUAUAAUCAAAGGUAUUACUGAGCAUACAGAACUGGAAUUGGUUUUUAACUUGGUGAGAAUUCUGUAGUAGGUACGAGCUGCAUAGAAGUGUAGGGGGGCUUUCCUUGUUUUUGGUUUGUUUUUGUUUGUUUGUUUUUUUCACAGUUUAGGGGGAAAAAAGUCGUGUUCUUCCUUAUUUGAUGUGUAAGAUUGCUGGUUUAAACAAAGCAUUACUAUUCAGGAAAAGUGUAUGUUUACAUUAGACAGUUAUUUACAAAGUCUUUUUAGGGAACCUAACAUUAAACCCAUGUAUAAUUA